AUGAAAAAGAAAUUUAAGUUAUUCUAUUUUAUUCAAAUUGUGACCUUUAUCUUUUUAACAUGGAUACGUCGUUUUAAUAGUGAAUUGAGUAACUUUUGUAAAUAUUUGAAUGAGAACAAAAUUAGUAAUGAAAAAUUAUAUACAAGAACUUAUCGUUUACUAGCAAAGAAUAAAAAGGAAGUGUGUUUAAAUAUCGUAUGGAAAGCGGAAGAUAUUCCAAAUAAUGUAGUAUACGAAAAGGUGAAUAUAACUAAUAAUAAAAAAGUAUCCAAAAUAAAAAAUAAACUACGAAAAAAAUGUACAUCAAAUAAUUCAGGAGGCUAUAGAGAAGCUGGGAAAUGUAAACCUUCUGCAUACAAUAGGGUAGAUAACUAUUGUGGAAAAAGAAUGUUAGACAAAAUAUAUUAUAAAAAUGUACUUAGGUAUUGUAGAAAUGAUGAUUUUAAGUUUAUAAAAAAAUGUAUACAAAGAAAACGUGAGGCAUUUUUUGCAUUAUUUGUCUUCCAUUUAGUAGUUGGAGUAUCAUAUGUUGUAUUAUUCAGUGUUUUUAAGAUUAUGGGGGAAAGCGCAUUUACUGUUAGUAAUAUAUUAAAAUUUUUUGUACCAUUACAAAUAUUAUGGAUUGUAGUUUUAGUCAGGCUUUUCUAUAUCUUAAGAAAAACAGUUAUAUAUGAAAAGUUAUUACAUUUAAAAAGUAAAUUUAAUUAUACGGAGUAA